AUGCACAGUACCACCCUCUCCGGCGAAAAGGCUGACUCUGACUCAGAGCAGGUUUCGAAGCACGUCUCUAAACGUGAUCAAAACAUCACCUCUCGCCAGCUGGGAGUCGCUUUCCAAGAUUUGCGAGUGGUCGGUGUUGGGGCUCGCUCUUCGUUCCAACAGACAAUUGCAUCUGCCUUCAAUCCGCUCGUUAUAUACAACUCUCUAAUUUCGAUCAGGAAUCCCCCGCUGCGUGAUAUCCUUUCAGGCUUCCAAGGCGCAGUCUUUCCUGGUGAAAUGCUCCUCGUAUUGGGGCGUCCCGGCUCUGGCUGCAGCACAUUCCUGAAGACUUUGGCGAACCAGCAUGCCGAAUAUAGAUCCGUCGAGGGCCAACUCCACUACGAUUCGUUCACGCCGAAAGACAUCGCUCAGCUUUACAAAGGUGACGUGACGUACUGCCAAGAAGACGAUGUCCAUUUCCCCACACUCACCCUCUUCGAAACACUUUCCUUCGCUUCAAAGACUCGCGCUCCCCAGUGUCUCCCGGAAAAUCAGUCCAGACAACAAUUCGCGGACUCACAGGUCAACACGCUUCUCUCCAUCUUUGGGCUCGAGCAUGCUAGGAACACCAUCGUGGGUGAUGCUAUGUUGAGGGGCGUUUCCGGUGGGGAGAAAAAGCGGCUAUCUCUGGCAGAAGUGCUAGCAUGCAGAGGCACGAUUGGAUGUUGGGAUAACUCGACUCGUGGGCUCGAUUCGUCCACAGCGCUGGAAUUCCUUCGUGCUCUCCGCGCCACUACCGACUCUACCCGUGUUACCACUAUCGUCUCGCUCUAUCAGGCCGGCCAGCCGUUAUACGAUCUCUUCGAUAAAGUGUGUGUCAUCUCUGAGGGAAAGAUGGUUUAUUUUGGACCUGCGGCGGAAGCAAGCCAGUACUUCGUCGACAUGGGGUACCAGCCUUAUAACAGACAGACCACUCCGGACUUUCUCGUAUCCGUGACGGACCCGAAGGGGCGCAAGAUCAUCCCUGGUCAUGAAUCGUCUGUUCCUCGAACUGCGUCUGAGAUGGCCGCUUAUUUUUCGUCAUCGACGCAAGGAGAGCUGAACCGUGCAUCCAUCGAGGAAUUCUGCGCCAAACGUGUCGGUAAUGAAGUCAUGAGGUCGGAAUAUAGGGCCAGCGCUCUGCUUGAACACUCCCAAUAUGCAUCUACUGCUAGUCCAUACAUCAUCUCCAUUCCGAUGCAGGUCCGUGCGGCGAUGCUGCGGAGGGUACAGAUCAUGAAGGGUAGCAUUGCGGUCAUCAUAAUAGACCUGUGCGCCCAAGUUUUCCAAGCCAUCAUCAUGGGCACCAUGUUCUUCCACCUGGAAGAAGCGACUUCGGAAUUCUUCUCUCGAGGGGGUAUCCUAUUCUUUGCGCUAUUUUUUGGGGCGGUGUCCGCGUUGGCAGAGAUACCUGGUCUGUUUGCCCAGCGUCGGAUUGUCCUGCGCCAGCAAAAAGCAGCUAUGUACCACCCUUUCAUCGAAAGCUUGUCAUAUGCACUUGUCGACAUCCCCAUCACGUUCAUCAUCCAAUCCUUGUUCUCUAUCGUCAUCUACUUCCUCGUUGAUUUACAGAGGACAGCCGCUCAAUUUUUCAUAUUCCUGCUCUUCGUAUUCAUGAUGACAUUGUGCAUGAAAACGCUUUUCCGCGCAAUCGCCGCAACCGUGGGAUCGCAGGUUGCUGCUCAGUCUAUAGCUGGAAUGACCAUUGUCGUGGCGAUUCUCUAUGCUGGUUACACGAUCCCUAUUCCCAGCAUGAUUGGAGGACUUAAAUGGCUCUCUUAUCUCAACGCAUGUUGCUCCCCUCGUUUGCCCCUUGCUCUCAUGUUGAACGAAUUCCAUACGAUCAACGGAAUGUGUUCGUCACUCGUUCCACAGGGACCAGGAUAUGAGAACGUGUCGCUCGCCAACCAAGUGUGCACUACAAUAGGUUCUGUCCCCGGGGAAGCUUACGUGAGCGGAAGCACGUUUUUGAAGCUGUCGUUUGGGUAUGAAUACCACAAUCUGUGGAAGAAUUUUGGUAUCGUAUGUACGUUUUGCCUCGGAUUCCUCGCUAUCUAUCUCGUUACGACGGAGGUCAAUAGCGCGGCUGCAUUCGAGACCUCCGUGAUGUUGUUUAAACGGGGAUCCAAUGUUACUGUUGAGGCCACGCCCAGCGACGAGGAGAAGGCUGGUGAUCGUUCCCAUUCCAUGUCCGCCCCCUCCCUUGGAGCUGCUUCAGACGAUGCAUCUCCUGAUCUCCCCUCGGAGAAGAACGAGAAACAUGAAAUAGCAGACAUCGUACCAACCACGACAGACAUCUUUUCCUGGCAACACAUCUAUUAUACCGUACCGAUAUCUGGUGGCGACUCGCGCCAGUUGCUGGACGACGUAUCCGGGUUCGUAGCACCCGGGAAAUUGACGGCAUUGAUGGGCGAAUCAGGCGCUGGGAAGACGACACUGUUGAACGUGCUUGCGGACAGGACCUCGAUAGGUGUGGUUCGUGGGGAUCGCUUUGUGAACGGACAGCCGCUUCCUGCCGAUUUCCAGGCUCAGACUGGAUAUUGCCAACAAAUGGACACGCACCUUGGGCGAGCAUCGGUUCGCGAGGCUCUUUUGUUUUCGGCAAACCUCCGACAGCCUCAGUCCGUCCCUGUGACUGAGAAAGAGGCUUAUGUUGAGAAAUGCCUGGAGAUGUGUGGUCUGGAAGCUUUCGCAGAUGCCAUUGUUGGCUCGUUGGGCGUUGAGCAGCGGAAGCGGGUUACAAUCGGAGUCGAGCUCGCUGCGAAGCCAAAAUUGCUGUUGUUCCUUGAUGAACCUACUUCCGGGCUGGACUCACAGUCGGCAUGGGCCGUCAUGACUUUCCUCCGUGAUCUUGCUGCGAGUGGACAAGCCAUUCUUUGCACGAUACACCAGCCUUCUGCUGAAUUGUUCCAGCUGUUCGAUAGGUUGUUGCUCUUGCGUAAAGGUGGUCAGACAGUCUACUUCGAUGAAAUUGGGGACCGCGCGUCAACACUUUUGAACUAUUUCGAGAAGAACGGAGCUCCCCCGUGUGACCCUGACGCUAACCCAGCGGAGUACAUGCUGGAUGUAAUCGGCGCUGGGGCGACUGCGACCACGUCCAUCGAUUGGGCUGCUGUUUGGACACAUUCUUCCGAAGCCCAGAAACUCCAGAGAGAGAUAGAACGCAUUCACACCGAAGGCCUAGAGCGUCCUGUUGCACAAAGCGACGUUCGUUCCGAGUUUACGACUUCUUGGGGUCACCAAUUCGUCAUCUUACUUCACAGGAGCUUCCAGAACUAUUGGCGCGAUCCUGUGUCCGUCUUUGCGAAGGUCACAUUGAAUAUUGCCACAGGGCUUCUUAUCGGUUUCUCGUUCUUCCACACCAAAGAUGAUGUCCAGGGUUCCCAGAAUAAGCUUUUCUCCAUCUUCAUGGCCAUCAUGUGUUCUAUUCCCUUGGGCCAGAUGGUCCAGCCCAUCUUCGUCGACGUUCGGGACGUAUACGAGAUCCGUGAACGCCCCAGUCGGAUGUACAGCUGGACCGCCCUCGUUGCUUCUCAGAUUCUGUCCGAGAUCCCCUGGAAUAUCUUCGGAUCCUCCCUGUUCUUUGUCUGUUGGUAUUGGACCGUCGGUUAUGAGACCAGUAGGGCAGGAUACACGUACUUGAUGUACGGCGUCAUUUUCCCGGUUUACUAUGUGACUAUUGGACAAUUGUUCGCUGCUAUGUCGCCUAACGCUCUCAUCGCAUCCUUGUUAUUCAGCGUCAUGUUUACGUUUGUGUUCAUCUUUGAUGGCAUCAUGCAGCCUUUCUCUCAGUUAGGAUGGUGGAGGUGGAUGUAUCGAGUAUCGCCUUUCACGUACUUGGUCGAGGCGAUCGGUCGGCAGGACAUCACUUGCGCAUCACAAGAGCUCGUUACGCUCAACCCAAUACCGGGCUCGACAUGCGUUGCGUACCUGGAAUCGUUCAUCGACACAGUUGGCGGAUACCUUGUGAAUCCCGACGCGACUAAUGCAUGCCUGUACUGUCCGUAUCGAACGACCGAUCAAUACAUGUUGAACGCCUUCAACAUCAAAUACAGUCUUCACUGGCGAGACACCGGAAUCGUGCUUGGAACGAUUGCAUUCAACAUUUUUGCGAUUUACCUUCUCACGUAUAUUUUCCGCAUUCAUACUGGAGGCUGGCUCAAGUGGAAAACCGGCGCAGGUGCGAAGAAACAGGAGAUGUAG